AUGGGAGAUUCAUCCGUGUCUUACACCCCGAUAGGGAACGGGUGUUUCAUCCGUGUCUUACACCCCGAUAGGGAUUGGGUGAUUCAUCCUUGUCUUACACCCCGAUAUGGAUUGGGUGAUUCAUCCUUGUCUUACACCCCGAUAGAUUUCAACGAACAAUUUUCUUUUCUUCUUUAUUCUUAUUUGGCGUCAAUUCAAAUUUUUCUUUUCUUUUCUUUUUUUUUUUGCCAUCUUUCAUUUUUCUUUUCCUUCUUGGUUUAUCAUUUCUUUCUUAUCUUUCUAUGUCUUCUUUUCUUUCUUUUUUUAAAAGAUUUUUUCUUGCAUUUAUUUCUUUCUUUCUUUCUUUCUUUCUUUCUUUCAUUCAUUUUUUCAUUCUUUCUUUCUUUCUUUCUUUCUUCAUUCUUUCUUUCUUUCUUUCUUUCUUUCUUUCUUUCAUUCUUUCUUUCUUUCAUUCUUUCUUUCUUUCUUUCUUUCUUUCAUUCUUUCUUUCUUUCUUUCAUUCGUUCUUUCUUUCUUUCAUUCUUUCAUUCUUUCUUUCUUUCUUUCUUUCAUUCUUUCUUUCUUUCAUUCAUUCUUUCUUUCUUUCUUUCUUUCUUUCUUUCUUUCUCUCAUUCUUUUAUAGCUUAUCUUUCUUUCUUUUCUUUUCUUCCUUUCUUUUUUUCUUUUUACGUUUCUCUCGUUUUUUAUAACUUAUCUUUCUUUUGUCCUUUCUUUUGUCUUUUCUUUCUUGUAACCUCAAUCUCAUUCUUUCUUUCUUUUUUCCUUUCUUUCUUUCUUUUUACGUUUUUUCUCGAUUUUAUAACUUAUCUAUCUUUCUUUUGUCCUUUCUUUCCUUUGUUCUUUCUUUCUUCUUUUCUUUCUCUCUUUCUUUCUUUCUUUCUUUCUUUCUUUCUUUCUCUCUUUCUUUCUUUCUUUCUUUCUUUUAACUCUUUCUUAUCUUGCAAUCUUUCUUUCUUUUCUCCUCUGUUCUUCCUUUCUUUCUUUCUUUCUUUUUUCUUUUUUUCAUUCUUUCUUGUUUUUUAUUUCUUUUUUCCGAUCGUUUCUUUUCUUUCUUUCAACAUUAAUUUAUUUGCUACAUUCUCCAUUUUUUUCGUUUUCAUUUUUUCUUCUUUUUCUUUAUUUUUUUCCUUCUCUUAUAAUGUCCGUUUCUUCACUUUCUUUUUCUCUUUGCUUCUUUCUUUCUUUAUUUCUUUCUUUCUUUCUUUUUUCUCCUCUGUUCUUUCUUUCUUUCUUCUCUGUUCUUUCUUUCUUUCUUUCUUUCUUUCUUUCUUUCUCCUUUCUUUCUUUCUUUCUUUCUUUCUUUCUUUCUUUUUUCUGUUCGUUUCUUUUCUUUCUUUCAACAUUAAUUUAUUUGUUUCAUUCUCCAUUUUUUUCGUUUUUAUUUUUUUCUUCUUUUUCUCUGUUUUUUUUUCUCUUAUAAUGUCCUUUUCUUCACUUUCUUUUUCUCUUAGCUUCUUUCUUUCUUUCUUUUUUCUUUCUUUCUUUCUUUCUUUUCUCCUCUGUUCUUUCUUUCUUUCUUUCUUUCUUUCUUUCUUUCUUUGCUUCGCUGUUUUAUUGUAUAUCUAUCUAUCUAUCUAUCUAUCUAUCUAUCUAUCUAUCUAUCUAUCUAUCUAUCUAUCUAUCUAUCACAAUCCUUUUAAUAUCUAUCUAUCUAUCUAUCUAUCUAUCUAUCUAUCUAUCUAUCUAUCACAGUCCUUUUCAUAUCUAUCUAUCUAUCUAUCUAUCUAUCUAUCUAUCUAUCUAUCUAUCUAUCUCAGUCUGUUCAUAUCUAUCUCAGACGCCAAGGUGAAUGAAGUCGAGAUGCCUGGUAUCUAUCUAUCUAUCUAUCUAUCUAUCUAUCUAUCUAUCUAUCUAUCUAUCUAUCUAUCACAGUCCUUUUCAUAUCUAUCUAUCUAUCUAUCUAUCUAUCUAUCUAUGGUCUUCCUCUUCUUUAAAUUCUCCCUUUCUUUCUUUCUUUCUUUCUUUCUUUCUUUCUUUCUUUCUUUCUUUCUUUACCUACUCAUUUUCUUUCUUUCAUUCUUUCUUUCUUUCUUUCUUUCUUUCUUUCUUUCUUUAUUUAUUUCUAUCUUCUCCAUUUUCUUUCCUUCUUUCUUUCUUUCUUUCUUUCUUUUACAAAUGUCUUAUUUUUCCCUCUUUUUAUUACUUUUUAAGCAUAUUCUUCUUUUCUUAUUUAAGACAGGACAUGAUCUUUCGUUCUUUCUCAAUGUCUUUUAUUUUCUAAAAUUGAUGUUGAUCUUUUCUCGUCUCUUUAUUUUUAAAUUCGUGUUUUCUCCUAUUCUUUUUUCUUUCUCUCUUUCUUUCUUUUUUCUUUCCCAAUCGUUUUUUUCCACAAUUCUUUAUUUGUAUUGUUUUCUUUCUCUUCUCAUUACUUUCUUUUCUCAUUCCUUUCUUUUCAUGUCUUUCUUUCUUUCUUUCUUUCUUUCUCGAGAAUUUAUCCUUUAUUUUUGCUUGCUUUUUUUUUGUUUCUUUCUUCUUAAUUCUUUGUUUCCUUUCUUCCUCAGUUGUUUUCUUAAUUCUUCAUUUUUAGUUUUUUUCUCCUCUUUUCUCGUUUCAAUUCUUUCCUUCCUUCCUUCCUUCCUUCCUUCCGUCUUUCUUUGUUUCUAA